UACUCAUUAUCAAACUCCAACUUUGGUAAAAAACACACACACACAACACACAGUUACACAUAUCCAUGGCAUCAUCCAUAGCUACGGAGCCCGAAAAGAUGGCGGCGGGGCCACCACCAGCAGUGGAGAAAGACAGCUUUCCGGUGGCGGAUGUGGUGCUGAGAUUCUUGGUGUUUGCAUCAGGUUUAGUGGCUGUUUUGGUAAUGGUCACAAGCAAAGAAACACAAGUCGUUGGCCAAAGUCCCAUUCCACCCUUUGGACUCGUUAGACAAUCUGCCAAGUUCAACCAUUCACCAGCUUUCGUAUUCUUUGUAGCAGCACUUUCAGUUGCAGGCUUGUAUGGCCUCAUAACAACCCUCAUCUCUCUCCUGGCUCUACGAAAACCAGGCAUCCAUACAAGACUCAUCUCUCACUUCAUCAUUUUCGACGUCCUAUUGCUCGGAAUCAUGGCUGCAGCAACGGGAGCAGCAGGCGGAGUUGCUUACAUAGGUUUGAAGGGCAACAAGUAUGUCCGGUGGAACAAGAUCUGCAAUCUGUAUGGUGAAUUCUGCAGGCACAUUGGGGGUUCAAUUGCCGUCUCCUUGUUUGGAUCUGUCAUGCUGGCACUGCUCAUCUUGCUGUCGGUCCGCUCUCUGGCCAAGAAAAUCCCAAGACAACAUUAAGUCAGAUAUGAAUCAGAAUCAUGCUUGUUGAUCAUGGAGUCUUCUAUUGUUGUGUGUGCAUAUGUAGAUGUGUUUCUUUCUGUAGUUUGCACAACUAGUAUUCAUUGUCGUGUAUUUGCUUCGUUCGUGCUGUUAAGAUUGCUGUGAGAGACAAUUUCAAUACAAUUUUUUUGUGACAA